CUUAGUAGAAAAACUGAAGAUUAAUUUUGAUGAAAAUGGUGUCGCUAAGAGUCUGUGUUUAUGUUUCUCUAAUCGUACAUGCCUUCUUCUUGCUUCCAACUGGAGUCUUGUGUGAUGAAGAAGACGAUCUUCUUCAAGGGAUCAAUAGUUUUCGCCAAUCCAGGAGCUUAGCAGCCUUAUCAAAGAACAAUAACGCCGAAUGCAUGGCCGACCAAAUAGCCGACGCGUUGGAACAUAAAGCAUGCAGCACCAUGGCGGGUCCAAGCAUCAUCACAAGCACGCGACCGCGGUACGCAAACUAUCCAGAUAUCGUUAAGAAGUGCGAUAUCGAUAUUAACACGACAACGGACGGUGUCAUACUGCCCGUUUGCGUGCCUAAACGGGUCCCGACCCUCGUACUCACCAACUAUACCCAAUCCUCGUACGCUAAUUAUUUGAACAAUUCGCGGUAUAGUGGAGUUGGAAUCGGCAAGGAGAAUGAUUGGGUAGUCGUGGUGCUUGCCACCAACACUCCGGCUGGGACGUUUUCGAAUGUGGCUGCGCCUAGGCUCGGUUUGGUUGCGCGUAUAAGCUUGUCCAUGGUGGUUCUUACGUUGGUUUGGUUAGGAAUUUGGUAAGUGAUGGUAUGUAUAUUUAGCUAAAGAUGGUGUGUUUUGUUGUGUAUUAACGCGAAAAGACUCCAGAUAUGGAAAAAAUAUAUGUUUUAAUUGUUCUUUCAA